GUCUCUCAGUCUCAGCCUCUCUCUCUCUCAGGCUGGACUGCUCUGCCUACUCGUUAGCCGUUAGAACACUGACAGGAUCAUAUGAGACAGGCUCGUCCAGGGCUGUCCUGAGUGUGCAUGCGCUCCUGUGACGUGUCUCCUCUCAUAUCCUUGCCAGUUGCGGACUUCUCACUUUCCCAUUUUCCAGCAUUUGGACCAUUAGGACAUUAUGGACUUCACCUUGGUGCCCAAGUGCCAUGAUCUAAAAGGUCUUCCUUCAACUGGGUGGUACCUCCAUUAAUCCUCUACAUUUAUCUAAGCAUACGGUGGCAGCUAUGGGCCAUGAAGCAGUGCUAGCUGGCUAAUCUCUGGCUGGAAUCACUGUGUUCAGCGUAUGAGUGGAGAUAUGAGUGAACCUCAGCCAUUUGCGCUAACCAUGAAACCCUCAGAAGGGGUCCACCAUGGCAUGUGUCUACCAUUACACAGUGGUGCUGUGGAUGCUAAUGCCUUUGCAGAAUCUUCGUCAAUGUCUUCAGCAUCUCCAGACUCCAUGCGCAGUCUGAGCAGUCUGAGUGGCGCCCGAACGGACAGCCCACUGGACGUGGAAAUGCCAGAGGGCAGGAUGGGAAGGAAAGUGACCACGGGUGAGGACGACUCUGGAAUUCAAAGCCCAGACUGUAGAGCUGAAAAUGACAAUGACAACUCGGUGUCUGUCUACUUAGAUGCCAAUGAAGAAGGCUGGUGUGAAAUCCAUGAUGGCCAAGAUAAUGUUACUUUGGUUUUGACCUUGAAACAAGGCCAGUGUGAUGACCGCAGUGAUGGCCAUAGCAAUGGUGACCGCGGGAGGCGGAGCUCAGAUGACUCUUCAGCAACAGAAGCAGUGCUAUGCUGUUCAGGAUAUGAGGAGGAGGACGAUGAAGAGGAGGACUCUUUUCUAUCUCUGAGUUCUGUUGAUGUGGUGAUGAGGUGCCAGAAUGAGGAAGGCCAUAUACAGAUCUCUUCCAUGGGGCCUAAUGUAGACCCUGUGAGUGAGCUCCAUAAGGAGGCUCUUCAGGAAUCAGUGGAGAAGGAUCAGAUGCAGAGCUCAUCCAGGAGGCCCUCUGGGGACUCUCUGAGUGAGUUUCAUCAAGCAGGCCUUCAGGAGUUGACGGAGUCUCACACUGAGGAAGGUCAGAUGCAUAACUCAUCCAGGAGACCAGAUGUAGGCCUUGUGAAUGAGCUCCAUCAGAAGACUCUUCAUGAAUCAAUGGAAAUUGACAGUGUGGAGUGUGAAGUGCAUCACUCAAUCAGGAAGCCCCACAUGGGCCAUGAGAGUGAACUCGAUCAGGAGGAUCUUCAGGAAUCAAUGGAGAUUCACACUGAGGAGUUUCAAAUGCAUAGCUCAACUAGGAUGCCUGACAUUGGCCAUGUGAAUGAGCUCCAUCAAGAGGCCCUUCAGGAAUCAACACAACUUGACACAGAGGAGGGCCAGAUGCAGAGCUCAUCUAAAAGGCCCAAUGUGGGUCCUAAUUGUGAGUUCCAUCAGGAGGCUCUUCAGGACUUUGUUGGGCCUCAUGUUGAGCUAAAUCUAUCUCAUCUACCCUCAGCGUUGCCUGUAGUUUCUGAGGAUAAUUUUGUGGCAUCUGCACCCACCCAGGAGCCCAAAAAGACUGUGUCCUCCAUCACCCACCACAAAAAUGACAAAACAAAACUGACCUUGCAAAACACCAAAGAUCGUCCAGGUCAAGGUCACACCAGACCUACUACAAAGCCUUCCAUGACCAAAUCUGUAAAAACAGAAAUUAAACGGUUUCCCAGACCUGAUUUAAAGAAUGUCAAACCAAAGAUCAAUUCUAGGGCUGCCUCUGCACCAAGACCAGCUAAUCCCAGCAAAUCAACAGCAGGCACAGAGAAGAAGGCAUCACCUCCUAGGGGGCGAACAGCCAACAGCAAAGACCAAGAUGCUGAUGGUGUCAUCAAGAAGAGGAGGUCUUCCUCCAACCAGGCAAGAGUGACGAUGCCAGCACCAAUUACAGACCCCAAACCUAAAGCCACACACCUGCAAACAGAGAGAGCGCCCCCAUGUGUCAGUGAUGCAAGCGUGAGUCCAGAGAUUGUUGUCAAUGGCGACCAGGAGCAGAACAAAGGUGCAGAGGUCAUGGACAUAGUAAAUGAGGAGAGGGAAUGUGACAAAGAGAAGGUCCCACUAGAGACACAGUCAGCUGAGGAGACUCCUGAAGAUUUAGACCAGACGGGGUCCGAACUGAAGACCCCUGAAGCUGAAGGAGGGAACUUGCCCACGGGGGUACGAGCUCCUGGGCCAGCCGGUGAUCCUAAGACAUGUAGCCCCGCCUCCUCCUGUAGGGCUCCUCAGAAACCCGCCUCCUCCAAACUGCCAAUCAAAAGCAGAGGCCUCACCGCGAGCCUCAGCUCCUCCUCACUGGGCAGCGCGGCCAGCGAGAGCAACACGCCAGGCGGCAGAGGUGUUACUCAGGUGGUGAAGAGCGAAGAGAAAUCUGUUAGAUCCUCCUCGACAUCGCAGGUAAAACCUGCUAAUAACAGACCAGCGGUUGGUCCCCGCAACAGAGCCAACUCUACGCCUGCGAAACCCACCACUGCAGGCCAGAAGGCUCCAGCUCUGUUCACCAUCGCCGCAGUGAAGCCCACCCAGAAUGCCCUGCAGCGCAGUGGAUCUGCAAGACCCAACCGGCCCGUUGGAACUACAGUGGAGAAAAGUUCCAGGGGGGUCCGCAGUGUCCCGGGACGACCCCACGGCAGCGGUGGAGGAGGAGGAGGAGGAGGAGGGGUGGUCACACACACCGAGGAUGAGGAGGAGAAACAGCUUCGUCUUCAAAACGAGAGGAAGAACCAGUGCAUCCUCCAGCUCCGCAAACUCGUCGCCCACGGCAACCGCAGGCUGGAGGCGCUGACUCUCGUCAUCCAACACAUCUUCAAUGAGAGAGAAGAAGCUCUGAAGCAGAAGAAAGACAUUUCGUUUCAGCUGAAAAACCUACGAGAGGAACUCGCUAACUCCGUGUCAUGCUGUGAGCGUCUGCAGAAGGAGAAGGAGGAGGUGUGUGUCGCGUUGGAGGCAGCGGUCUUGAAGCUCCAGCAGCAGCACCAGGAUGAGCUGACUCAGCUGGAGGAGACGCUCAGGGACUUCUACUCAGCAGAAUGGGACAAAACCCACCAAGCCUACCAGGAGGAGGCUGACAAGUGCAGGGCGUUCAUGCAGCAGCAGGUGGAGGAAGUGAGGAGCAAACAGGAAGCUCUGAGGCAAGAACAGGAAGCAGCACAUGCUCAGGAGAUGGAGGCGCUGAAGGAGGAAUACGAGACGACGCUAACAGAUUUCAGGAAGGCCCAUAAAAACAACAUGCAGGAACUGGAAAGUAUGCGAGAACAGUCAGAGGCUUCAAUGAACGAGAGGAUUGCGAGCCUGAUGGAGGAGAACGAGGCACUGAGCGCCAAACUGAAAGAGGAAGAGGAGAGGAGGAAGGCUCUCGCAGACAAGAGCCAGAAGGACCCUCAUAUGGUGUAUCUGGAGCAGGAGCUGGAGAGUUUGAAAGUUGUUCUGGACAUCAAAACAAGUCAGCUGCACCAGCAGGACAAAAAGCUCAUGCAGAUGGACAAGCUGAUGGAGAGCAACGUGAAGCUGGAAGAGUGUCUGAAGAAGCUGCAGCAGGAAAAUGAAGACUACAAAGCUCGCAUGGACAAACAUGCCGCGCUCUCUAGGCAGCUGUCCACAGAGCAGGCCGCGCUGCAACAGACCCUACAGAUGGAAUCAAAGGUCAACAAGAGGCUGUCAAUGGAGAACGAAGAGCUGCUAUGGAAGCUCCACAACGGUGACCUCAGCAGCCCGAGACGACUCUCGCCCUCCUCACCCUUUCACUCGCCCCGAAACUCCGCCUCCUUCCCCAGCGCCCCCAUAUCGCCCAGAUAACCCUGCCCCUCCUCAAACCACAGACUUUAUCCUCAAAGCGGCCCCCGAAACCACUCACUUCACUGGACGUUGUUUUACCCUUUGGAAUGAAUUGAGUGACUUGUGUACAGUUUAUAAAAUCACCUCUCCAGAAAAAAGACAAUGAUGCACAGAUGCACUUCUAGAGGGAGGAACUUGCCUUUGCUCUGCCGUUCAUUUCUUUCUUUCCUUACUUUUCCCCCUCUGUUGACGGAGGAAAACACCUCAGGGUUUGUAUAUAGACUCUCCUCCUCUUCCUCUCAUCGUGGUCCUGGUUCCUGCCCAUGCUCCCCUCGUUUUCCAAAGCAUCGUAUUUGUGAAGCUUAAUUUGAGGCCUCCCUUUCGCUCACCUGCUCACAACAUAACCAGAGCGGGGAAAACGUCCUGUUUUGAGAAUGAUGGUAGACGUCCCAAAGGAACUGUAGACAAAGUUUUAUUUAGACAUUCUACCCCUUAAAAUCUCGAAUACCGCGCCAUGUACCAACCGAUACAGCAUGUAAAUCUGAAUAACCUGCCCAAUCCUGAUGCUCUCGAAUGUAUUCUGCCAUCCCUAAGGCCUGUUUUUCUCCGGCUGUCUGUGAACUGGAACUCUUUAGGAAUUUCUCCCUCGUCUUAAGCACCGACUUUGUUUUUUUGUUUUGUUUUUUUAUUAACACAUUAAAAUGACCUGAACACAAAG